GGCAUUGUGGGAUAGAAAUGGUUGGUCGUGUGAUCCUGCUCCGUGUCAUAAAUUACUUAUUGAUAUUUUUCGAUGUUACAACUGCUGUCAUUAUUUUUACCCCACGAAGUCCCAUCUUCGUACAGUAUGGAGCCAGAUUAGAUGUGAACUGCAGUGUGAGUUCAGCUGUGCCCCCCAGGACAGUGGACUGGCGAGGGGUGUAUGGUAGCAAGUACCAGGAGACCCCCAUAAACCAGUAUACCACAAGGCUGACGGCUGUGGAUGUCAGGGACAGUGCUGUCUUGACAUGCCAAGUGCUGCAUCAGAACCUCUCUGUGGAGGAGGGGAGGGUGGAGGUUAUUGUGCAAGGCAACAGUUCAGUAUCUUGUGAGAGUGACCACUAUUCCUGUGGUGAUGGUCAGUGUGUUCCAUUGAUGGACCGCUGUGAUGGACACCACCAGUGCCUGAACCAGAAAGAUGAGGAUGGAUGUAUUAUUUCAGCCCCAAGUUCUGAGCAGGGAGGUAUAUCAACGCCCUUGUAUAUAGCAAUGGGCAUUUCUGUGGCUUUCUUCUUGAUUUUAGUCAUCACCAUCACAGCAUUUUGCCGAGCCCGUGUGCACCAUCUUCGUGAGGUUCAGACACAGUCAGAACUACGACGUAGGAGGAGUCGCACCAAUCGCCACUUUUGGCAGCAGUCACUGGAACGUCAAACAAGGGCCCAGAGAGACAGGGACACAGUUUCUUCCACUAGUCAAUCCCAAGCAAACACAACCUGCUGUGUGCCUAAUCUAUCUCAAAACAUACACUUUGUGCAGGAAAAUGGGUAUACCAGUAUAGCAAGGAGCCCGCCACCUUACUCUGAAAUAGGAAUGCUCCCCACAGAUGACGAGCCCCCUCCACCCUAUAGUGCUGUGGACAGAAGUUUCGACUCUCCCUGUGGGAGGACAAGGUAUAAGAAUCGCAAAAAACAGAGAACGAGUCCUCACUGCAGUCGAUCAAGGAUGAGUUCAAUGCGCAAUUUUCAAGAGCAAAAUUCGACCCUGUAUGCUUUAGAGGAAACUGAACUUGCCAGCACUGGUGCUCAGAUGAAUUCAAGUUGUGCUACUGAGGGACCCGGGGUCCGUGCAAGGGAAGAUUCGGUUGACAUAUGGGUGAUGGAGACAGAUAUAAAUCAUUGCCGUGAUACCAGCAGUGAAAGAGUCACAGUUGCUGACUGUGGUGCAGACAGUACAGGACCUGAUUCCCAGAACCCUCUCCAUACACAUGUAUCAGACACUGCCAACAAGAAGUGGUCUCCAUCAACAAUGAAGAAUACUGUGGCAGACACGACUUCUACAGACAGGUGCUCAAAUGAAACAGAACUACGGUCAUCAUCAUCAUCAUCAUCUCGUGCUCCCUCUUCAUCACUUGUAUAUGGCAAUGUUUCUAAUGAAGAAAUUCAUUCACAAACUAUUCUGGAUAAUGCAUGUGAUGAUCAUAGUGAAAGAAUACCCAGAGUGGAUGGGCACCAUACAAUAUAUCUGGAAACUGAUAUCGAUUCCCUGGAUCAAGACGCAAGUUUGGAAGAGGGUGUAGUUGACCAUACACAUAGUGCACAGAAUCAUGCCACAGAACCACUGUUUUCUCCAGCACAUUCAGGUGCCAAUAAUAGGAGAGACUGGGGACAUGAUAACAUUGCCUUUGACUUUGAGAUGACUAUUUAGUGUGAAUUAUGAUAGAAGUACUUGACUUUUAUGAGGCUCCUAGGCAGGG